GAAUUAUGACACCUGUAUGCGUUUCAGUGAUGCUUCAUGACAUUGUGUCAAGCUCCACAUCGAUAGAACUCGGAGGCAGCUGUAGAUAAACGUUUUUUUUCAGCAUUUCUCUCAACUACAGGAGACAGGAACAAGUGUGUUUGUUUUGGUGUGCUGGUUUACAAAUUAACUUAGUUUAGAAAAUACGUCUGAUGAUACAUCACAAAACGUCUGAGCCAUUCACAGCUGCCGACUCUAGAGGUUGCAACAGACAAACUGUUGCGGUGAAAAUCACCACUGCGCUUGCUUACGAAAUGUCACGUAUCAUCUACAAUGUAUGCUGUUCUUGAAUUGAAUUUAUCCUCAUCUACCUUUUUUUUUUUUUUUUUACAAAAAUCCCGAUCGACUUUUGCUUACAGUAACCCAUCUCCAAAGAUUUAUGUUCGGAGCGCCUGUCUGAUCUGAGUGCGGUCGGGAGCCCAUUCUCAGAACAUACUUCACUGGGUGUGCUAUCACAAGGAUUAACACUUGCUCCAGGACGACUAGUGACUAGAUCACGGUCCCACGCGGUGCUGGAUUUAUUGUAAACUGAUAACUGAAAUACAAAAGUAGACUAUACGUGGCAAGGCAACAGACAAAAGCGGAAGAAGUCGAAGUCUUGUGGACAAAUGGACAUGGAUACUACUGUCACGUUGGCUUUUCUACUGAUUUCGCUGCGACUGCUGAGCUCUGUACGGGCGUGUGAUGUUGAGAUCGACAUAGAGAAGGAGAGAGAGUUGUGCUUGUCUCAAGUGGAGAACGUCACUUCAGGUUGUCUGGGCUCAUGGGACAUGAUUGCCUGUUGGCCAUCCGCCCGUGUAGGAGAGGUGGUCACCAUACCCUGCCCCGAUUACUUCAGAUUCGUGUCUGGCCACCACAAAGGUAAUAUAUCAAAGAGCUGCACAUCAGUGGGAUGGAUAGAGAUCAACCACAUGGCUGUUGCUCUGAACUGUGGUUACAACCCCAACAUUACCAUUGGUGAUGACGUGGGCAAUUUCUACUGGUCAGUGAGGAUUGGCUAUACCGUCGGUCACGUAGUCUCUCUAAUAUCAAUCACCGUGGCCAUAGUCAUACUGUGCAUCUUUAGGAAACUGCAUUGCACAAGAAACUACAUCCACAUCCACCUGUUCAUGUCCUUCAUCCUGAAGGCAGUCGUAGUGCUUGCUAAGGAUAUGGUUCUGUUUGAUGACGAGGAGUGCCACUCUGAAUCAGUGGGGUGUAAGACUGCGAUGGCGUUCUUCCAGUAUGGAGUCAUGGCCAGCUACUUUUGGCUACUGGUGGAAGGACUGUAUCUUCACGCCCUUCUAGCAGUGUCAUUCUUCUCAGAGAGAAAAUAUUUCUGGUGGUACAUUCUCAUUGGCUGGGGAGUUCCCGCGCUCUUCAUCACAGCGUGGAGCAUCACAAAGGUUUACCUGAAUGAUGUUGGAUGCUGGGAUUUGAUUGAUGAUGAUGACCAUCUCUUUCUGAUCAUCAAAGUACCCAUCCUGUUGGCUAUAUCGGUCAACUUCAUUCUCUUCAUCUGUAUCAUCCGAAUACUUCGGCAGAAGAUCAACUGCAGAGAUAUCGGGAGACAUGAGUCACACCAAUACUCGAGAUUGGCUAAAUCAACACUGCUGUUGAUUCCUCUCUUUGGGAUCAAUUACAUAGUAUUUGUAGGCAUUCCCAAGAAUCUAGCCGGUGUUAUCCGGCCAGUGUUUGACUUGAUCUUGGGAUCAUUUCAGGGUUUUGGGGUGGCUGUCCUGUACUGUUUUCUAAAUGGAGAGGUGCAGUCGGAGAUCAAACGCAAAUGGAGGAGGUGGCACCUGCAAAGGUUUCUGGAAAACGACACCAAGUACCAGCAGCCAUCUCAAGCCAGUAAUGGGAACAACUUCAGCACCCAAAUCACCAUGAUGACCAAAGGCAGUCCGACCACGCGGCGAGCUAGCGCUUGCCCUGAAGACCCCUUAGCCAUCUGAUCAAGGCCAGCCCCGGCUCACGUGACAGCGUGAAGGAGCAUGUGGUCGGAGAAGUCGCCCACAGAAGUUGUGGUUCACACAUCUUCUUUCUCCCAGCAGGAUGGCACUCAUUCCAUACUGUGAGACUGUUGUACACACAUUGACAUUGUCAGGCUGUGUGAGUCUGAAAUAGGUACAUUGCUACAGACAUUUCCAAAUCAGGGUGAUCGUCUGGCCUGUGAACUGUAAGUGCAGGUGAAGAUACAGAAAGGGAAUAAAACAUGAUAAGGGAAUAUUAUAGCUGCCUUUUACAGCUUUUGAGAAAAUCAUUUGAAUAUUCCAACUGUCUGGAAUAUCCACAGCCAGGGAUGGACAGCAGUCUAAAGGGAGAUUCUAAACUGAGCACACCAUUGGUCAAGCAUAGAUGUGUUGACAGUUUAGACAGCAAAGUUACAAGAAAGAAUUGCUGUUUGUUCAGAUUAUGGCAAAAUGUAGUAGCCUACCACAGAUGCCCUCAGCCCUCAUGCCUCGGAUUAACCGUGUUCUCUGCUUACAGGUAAAGGAGGUCAUUGGAGAGGUUUUAAUCAGCCAGUGUUCAUACAAAAUGUCAAGCACAAUAGAAGUCCUAUUUUAGGCAUCACUUCACCUAGUUCCUAUGUGUAAAUAUGCAAAUGACUCCCAUAGACUCCCAUCUUUCAUGCUAAGCCCCUCUGGGAAUUGAUCUCCAGUUUGAGGCCAAAUGUGAAAUAGCUGGUGUACUUUUUUGUUUUAUUGUCUUACAUGAUGUGGUUGUUUGAAUGGUAAAUCGGACUUUGCAGAGUUUUUAUAGUGCAUUAACAUGUCUAAGUAAUAAUUGAUGGGUCUUCUCUAGGGUCAGAUGUUUACAGUAUAAUGCUGAUUGUGCAACACGAAUAUUUUAUAUAUCUAGAUUAAAUAAUCUCUGUAAUUUCUCGUGUGUUGGUUUGUCAUCAAUUGCUGUGGGUGAGAUGAAGAUCAAAAUAAUGUGGAUGUUUAUACUGAUCUGUACUUUCUAUCAUCGAGUAAUAAUGCACACCGCAGGUGAGUGCAUGCUCACACAUGUAAUUAAAAAACCUAGUAGCACCUCAUAAUUCCUACUUUCCAUAAUGGAAAUGCUGCAGUAAGUCAUCAGAUGCACACACUACACAUUCAUUCUGUGAUGUAAAUGGCAUGUAAAUAUUUUGCUGGUUGAAAUGUGCUAUUAUUGAAUACCAAAUAAAUAUCUGAUACCAAGUA